CCCAAGCAUGUUCUUGCAUCCAUCUUGAGUUGUUCCAACCGCAAUCGAGACUGGAUUCAUUUCAGAUAAUAACAAGCAUCACUGUUGCCUCAAUUAUUCUUAGCAGUGAUGAACACCCCGAGAACCUUUCACCUGCCCUCCCAGGCCACGUUUCAUGACAUCCCUUACGAUCAACGAUGGGAGCCCCUCAAGAAAAUCAUCAUCGAGGCCUUUUUGGGGGGUGCUUCAAGUCGCCCUCCCACAUUCCCAAAACUUUCCGAGUUCAUGAAGAAGCACCAUGGCUUCGAUGCAUCACCCGCCCAGUAUCGCUAUCGCCUCGGCCAGUGGGACAUCAGAAAAAAUACAAGAAGGAAGAGAAGACAGCUGUCAUCACAGCUAUAGGGAAACGCAAUCGACCGGGGGGGAGAGUCUCAGACGUGGAGAUUCGACAAGGAGAUUUCAUGAAGCCUGUGGACAGCAAACAGGUGAAGCGAUUCAUCAAUGAUACAAUUCGUCACCACUCUGCUCCGCCAUUGACGCCUGGCAUAAUAUCGCAAUGGAACCUCCCAUACGCAGCCUACCGAGCUUCCCUCGCGACGCAGGACAAUCAUGCUUCUCCAUUCAGCUACAACCCACCAACCCCGCAGUACCUUCACGUCAAUAGCCCCGACACAUCAGCUGGCCGGGGCGAAAUAUCAGACAUCAUCACUCCGACUUCUGCUUUGAUUCAGAGGAAGACCUUGUUAGACCGGUCCAGCCUGCUUCUACAGGGCCGCAGGGAAGAGUUGUUGAGCGGGUGCAACAGCAAUGAUAGAAGAACCAUCUCUGACUGGCUUCAUGACUACUGGAUGUACUGCUUCAUGACAGCCAAGUUCUGGGGGGUUGGCCCCCAAGAAUGGACAGCGGGACUGAUCUCAGAGGUCACCAUUGGCUUAGGCGUCACUGAGACACCUGACGCCGUUCAUUCGAUGUCGCCUUUCGCAAGCGUCUCUAAUUCAUUACCACAGGAAACCCCCCUAACCGAGAACCCACGACCGACAGAUCUCUGUCGUUGGGUAAUCCACCACGAAGACACGGUAGAUUUUGACGAUGACUCCACACCACCUUUGCCACCCAUGGAGCAAGCUACCUUUGAGUUGGGGGAUCAAUCGUCUUGGACCGAAUGGCCUACCUCUCAAACGGCUCGGUCCUACCAGAGUACCAUCCAGGAAGCCUUAACAUCAAGCCGAUUCAGCGCCAUUGCACCAAAUGAAGUGCCGAUCAGCAACGAGGUUGUUGCGGAGGUCAUAUCUAAAUCACUCAAGCAAAUUGCUUUAGAUUCAUGGGCAUUUGCGAUCAUGACUGGCAAUGUGGACCUUCUCACGAAGCUUCGGCACGAAGCUGGGUCCAGACCCGACCUUGAUUUCGCAGAGAUCCACCCAUAUCAUCUCGCAGCAUCAUACGUCGACGGAGGUAAUAUCUGCUGCCUCGUUCUCUGCUGCCUUACCAAGGCCCUGGACGGGACGUAUCCGAUCGCAUUGAAAAACCUUGACUCCAAUGGACAUACUGUUCUAGAUGCUCUCAUGAUUUCGAUUCUGCGUUCCCACACGGACUGUCCACCUGUCAACGUGAGCACAAGCUUUGUUGAUUGUACUCGUUUCCCGGGUGAAGAGAAGGAUAUUUGCGGCAGAUGGGAUGCUGAUUCGCCAGCAAUACGACACCUUUAUAGGUCUGGACAACCUCAGGUCCCCACACAUUGGAAGCAUGCCUUUUGUCACAGUUCUGUGCAGGCUAUAUGCCACAACAUGAUUGCGAUCUUCCUACCACCAUCGGCGCCGGACAUCAACGCUUACAGCGGUCUGUUCCGACGGCGUUGUACCAGCUGUGGGCUCGAGAUGAAGCUGGGCUCGUUGCAUACUCUUGUUGCCGUUGCAUUUCAUUUGGCAGAGAACGGCAAGAAUGGUGAAACGCUAUUUGGAGCAAUGGCUUGUCUAGUUUGCCUUUUGGCACUAGGAGCUGAUGCUGCCCAAGUAGCGGAUCUAUCAGUGCUUGACAUGUUCUCGUCUCCAGGUGAGGGAAGUUGUUAUCAUCGACCCAUGACCGCGAUGGAGUUGGCAGAAGAGGUCCCACAAGAAAUCAAAGAUGAUUGGAGACCAUCUUGUAAGAUCGGCUGGAGGUGCCUCGUGCUGAUUCUUCGUCACGCAACGCCAUCAUCGCAAGGAGACAGCCCUUUCAUAAAGUUCAGCAAACGAGUCAGCACCUGUCAGGAUUUUGAACGUAGCGAGACUAGGGAGAACGAGAACCCGAACGACGACGAGGACCACGUUUUGUAUGUUGACUGUCUCUUCGAGGAGUUUCACGAAAGCUUUGGCACCCCCAUCAACCCUAAUCUGGGCACUCUCUGGGCGGCGAUCCAAACAGAGGUACACUCAUACCGCAAGGUCACUAAUCUCGAUCCCAACAUCUCUGACCACUUUCAGGUAUCUUCUCUCUUGAAAUGGCUGGAAGAGGAGACUGACGACUUUGAGACUCCACUGCUCAGAGAAGAUAUGAUGCAGAGGCAUACACCAUGUGGAUAGUUUUCCGGAAUUCACGGUAUGGUGGGGGUCAUGGCACCCGACAUGUGUUCGAGGUAUUUCAUGAACAUGGAUAUCUGGUCGCGGGCCUCCUUUGUGGAGGAAAUGGUUCCUCUGGGUUGUGAAAGUGGAUUCUGACGUUUCAAAUCAUAAAGAGACUGAGAACCUCUAUGUAAACCAUUCGGGUGUGAAAAUGGUUGGACGCUAUACCAAAACAUCACCAUAGAUCUUGUUGCCCAGGGAGUACAUUAUAAAGGGGGCACCAGGCUACUAAUCGUUAACCUUCCCCUAUGUUGCAUCGCUCGGAAGAGA